AUGAUGUAUCAGAUGUAUGAAAGCCAGUACGAGGAUCUUCGUGGCACGAUCUAUGGGCCUGACAGUCCGGACUUCCAUCCGGCUCAAGCAAGCGAGACUUUGCGAAAGGCGCUUAGUGGAAUGGAUACAAAGGAUCAGAUCAUCGUUGACACCGUCUUGUACCAUAACAAUUUUCAGCGCCAAAAAAUUCUGAGUGCUUACGAAGAUAUGUAUGGAAGGAAGCUAAUCGAUGAUCUCGAGGACGAAACUGGCGGAUAUUUCUUCCAAAUGGCACAAGCACUUUUCAAACCCGCUCAUCAGUAUGACACCAUGAAUUUGCAACGAUCCCUUUCUAAUCGUUAUGCCGAUCGUUCAGUGGCAAUCGAGAUCGCCUGUACCAGAACGGCACGACAAUUGCGUGUCAUACGUGACACUUAUCUGGCGGAUUACAAGAAAUCAAUAGAUAAGGAUAUCCUAGUGAAGGUGGAAGGGGUCGUUGGUCGCAUGUUGACCUUACUCCUAUGCAAAUCGAGACCUGAAGGUGGCCGCAAGGUUGAUCACGAACUAGUGAAAGCCCAUGCAGAAUUGCUUAUGAAGAAUUCAAUAGAAGAAAUAGCAAAGAACAUGAGCCUAUUCGAACAAAUCUUCGUCGGCACGUCAUGGAAGCAUCUAGCUGCAGUUUUUGACCAGGUUGAUGAAAUACGAAAUGGAGAGAGGGACGUUGAGACAUUAGUACGGAAGAACAAAGUGCUGCAUUCAGAGAUCCGCCAAAUCUUCCUUACUAUCAUCCGAGUAUCAAGAAAUAUGCAGCUUUACUUCGCCGAGCAGUUGAGAGCGGCUUUAAUCCAAGAGAAGCCCGAUCACCAAACGAUAAUCCGUAUUACCGUCAGCCGCAGUGAGAUCGACCUGUACGAUAUUUGUGAGGAGUACAAGCGCAAGUAUCAACGAACACUCGAAUACGAUCUUCACCAAACGUGCAGUGGUGACUACUUGCGUCUGCUUAUCGCUCUGCUCACCUCCACCCAGCUUUGUUUUUUCCCAACCAUCGAGUCACUCCUAUUCGAUUAUGUCUUUUGA